AUGGCUGCUAAGAAGCUAAGAAGAGCAAGGUUGUCUCAGGAGCUGUGUGAAAGGCUGAGUCGCCAUCAGAUCAUUACCUGUCAGGACUUUUUAUGUCUUUCCCUCUUGGAGCUAAUGAAAGUGACAGGACAGAGCUACUAUGAUGUGCAGAAGCUUCUUUGUAAAGUCAGCCGAGCUUGUGCUCCCAAAAUGCAGACAGCUUAUGAAAUGAAACUGAGGAAGUCUGUCAAUCCAUCUUCAGCCUUUUUAUCUACCACGCUGCAUAGUUUGGAUAAAGUCUUGCAUGGUGGAGUGCCUUGUGGAUCACUCACGGAGAUAACUAGCCCACCAGGUUGUGGCAAAACUCAAUUUUGUAUUAUGGUGAGUGUUCUGGCUACACUGCCUGUAAGCAUGGGAGGACUAGAUGGGGCUGUUAUAUACAUUGACACAGAGUCUGCAUUCAGUGCUGAAAGGUUGAUUGAGAUAGCAGGAAACAGAUUCCCUACUUAUUUUGACUCAGAUGAAAAGUUGUUCUGCAUGACCCGUAGCAUUCACCUGUAUCGAGAACUGACAUGUGACAGUGUACUGAAGAGGAUUAUGUCUUUGGAAGAAGAAAUUAUUUCAAAGAAAGUUAAACUCAUAAUAAUUGACUCUGUUGCUUCAGUUGUCAGAAAGGAGUUUGACACACAGCUCCAAGGCAACCUGGCAGAGAGAAGUAACUUUUUGGCUAGAGGAGCAUCAGUGUUGAAGUAUUUGGCAGAGGAGUUCUCAAUACCACCAACCUCAACAGUAGAUCCAAUGUUUAAGUUUGAUGUAGCAAAUGGUGAGCUGUACUCUGUCAAGAUUCCGGUUUACAUAGUUGCACUAAUCGAACUG